AUGGAGCCCAUUUCGACCCCUCGCGUCUCUGGCCGCUACAUCGAAUCAUACAUCAACAAGAAUGUCAUGAUCGUAGGCAAAGUGAUUCAAGUCCGCGGCACAGAGGCCUUGAUCGAUGCUGACGGCCAGAUCUCCAUCAACCUAACCGCUCAAGAGCAUCUUACUCCCGGCAAUGCCUGCCAGAUUAUUGGCAAAGUGAACACAGAUCUCUCCAUCAAGGUUCUGACGUCCAAGGAUCUCGGCGACAAUGUCGACUACAACGUUGUGCAAUCAGUGGUAGACGCCACGCAGCAGUAUAGAGAAAUGUUUGUCUUCGACAACUGA